GGACAACAUCAUUACCAAAGUCUACCCAAGUGUAUCGCAAACCAUGCCCACAUCAGAAAGCCAUCAUCCCAAGCGGCGUCCUCCCCGCAAGAAGGCUUGCAAUAGCUGCACGAAAUCGAAAGUUCGUUGCAGUCUCGAAAAACCUGCCUGUUCGCGGUGUAGGUCGACGGGUCGUGUCUGCGAAUAUUCUGCCUCGGCGUUGACACAAGACUCCCCUCCUGGAGAAGGGAGUCUUACAGAAGACGCUGGGGCUGCAUAUACCAGCUCGGCAGUAUAUUCGACACCUCGUUUUGAUUCAGUGUCCGCCAUGCCCAUUCCCCUGCCUUUUGCUAGUACUCCUUCGAGCACGGCCUGGAGCCCGUCUAGUCAUCUUCAUGUAAGGAGACAAGCUGCCAGUGGCUGGAGAGACGGAGAUGGACUUGAUUUUGGAACGGUUGAUUUAGUACCGAGCGCUAAUGCGGAGGAUAUUCGAGAUCGCUGGUUGAGACCUUAUAUUCUACCGCCCUUGGGGCAAGACGAGAUACCCAAGGUUUACCACCCUUACACGUUGCAGUACAUUUCGCGGAUAUUGAGCACUUAUCCGCGAUUUAUGCUGAAAGACAAGGAUGUUCCUCCUAUAAUUCAUCGCUCACAGAUUGAAAGGAAAGAAUUACCUCGAUCACUUGCAAACUGCUACAGUCUGGUACGAAUGUGGGAACAGGCGGUACCAGGAAGUGAGAUGAUGGUAAUGAGUACGCUGGAAAAGGAAAUGGAACGACUGGCUGAAGAGCAUUCUGAAAAUGACUACGAGCUCCUCGCAGCUUUCCAAGCCUACUUGCUGUAUACAAUUAUGCUAUACUUCUCCCCACGAGGUGGUUCAUCCCUUGUCAAUGAUAAGAUAAUGAUCACCCUCAUGGAGAUGGCCUUCCGGACUGCCCGGAAUGGCCUCUUCUGCGCCGCAGAAUUAGCCCAUGCUCGGCCGACGUGGGAGUCCUGGAUUGUGGUCGCCGCCAAGCGUCGCGCUGUUUUCACUAUGUACCUUUUUAGCAGCGUGUACAACGCGGACAGGCUACUGCCGAAUUUUGUGGCAGAUGAAAUGAGAGGAGUGUAUGCACCGGGCAACAAGGCACUAUGGGAAGCCGAAGACCGAGAAACCUGGAGCAGGGAAUAUGAUAGACACCUCUUACGGUGGGAGGAUGGGAUGUUGGAGAUCUCGGAAUUAUGGAGAUCAGCGGAGACGGGCUCAGCUGAGCGCAGGGAAAGAAUCGAGCGAUGGGUACAGUCGGCGGAUGAGUUCGGAAUGAUGAUAUUUGGAGUCUGUGUCCAUAUCCAUGGUUGUUGAUGCGGAAAUGCCGAGGCGGCACGUCACCAUCGGAAUUCCGUCUCGGAGUCCUCAGUUCUCCACCAGGCCCCUCCCGAGCUGGUCUACUAUAUAAACGCGCCCAAGUUCUACCUUUAUCCUAACAUUGAUCAACCUUAAUAGUAACAAAGUCAGACAAUCUAUUACAACAAUCACAAUGGGAGUCUAUACAACCGAUCACUCAACCUCUGUUCUUCAGACUCACAAUUGGCGCACUGCGUCCAAUUCCACUGCCUACCUUCUCCCACAUAUAACCACUACCUCCAAGAUUCUCGACAUCGGCUGCGGCCCUGGCUCAAUUAGCGUUGACUUCGCAAGCCGUGCACCCCAAGGUCAUGUUACUGGAAUUGAAUAUGUACCUGACCCCCUGGAUCAGGCCCGCGAGCUGGCAUCAUCAAAAGGCGUGACGAACAUUGAAUUCCAAGUGGGGGAUAUCCA